AAGCGGAAAGAAAAUGGCGGCCGUGGCUGCGGAGCCAGGAGCUGCUGCGGCAUCAACAACAACAGCGGGGAACAGUGGUGAUUUCGAACCGGAACCGGUGCCGGAGGCCAAAAUCGACUUCGAUGCGACGCAGGAGUACGCACCAGUAAUGGACCAUGUUCACCAACUCAAGGAUGGGGAUGCAGUUCAGGAAUGCAACCAGGUCCAAAUGGAGCUAGUGAGCAGGCCAGAUCUAGAAGCAGCGGGAAAAGCCCUCGCUGCUAGUGCAGAGGAUGAACAGAUCGAGGCAGGCUGUCUUGGGGUCGGUGUAGAAAAAACGGAGAACCAUGCUCUCGAGGGCUUUGGUUCCAAAUACACCAUGUCGCGAGCGGAACGUUUGAAACAGUUUUUUUCGCCGAAUGUUGAACCUGCAAACGAGGUCAGUAAGCACGAGCCCUACGCCUGCCUUCAGAAUAGCCCCAUCUCCGAUUCACAGCCAUCGGUGGUCUUUUUGCAUUCGUUCCCUGCGCAACCUGUGGCUACGGAGGCUGGGCUGUCGUUAGCAGAACCAGCAGAACCCAUUAUAGAUUACGAUAAGAACCCAGAAUUAACCCAACCUACUAAUAUCGAGUGUGACUAUAGAGCUUUAAUUAAACCGUCUCACGAGGCUGAACUGGAUCCCGAACCCGCAGAUGAAUUUCCUUCUGUCUCCGAGUACAAGAAUGACGACCCCUCAGAAGCUGCUUCGCUUGAACGUCCCCAGUCCGUAGACCACGUCGACUUUCUACCAAUUCUAGAGAGGGAAACAGUCCUUGGGACACCCGUGGAGGCUGGUUACAUGUGUGACUUUUCGAGCAUAACAACCCAGAACAUUCCGAGACCCGAGGUUCCUCUAAUGCCAGUGGACCAGGUACCCUCCUCGGCAGAACUUGGAGACUCGUGCUCACCACAGAGGUUCGAAACGAAUUUCAAUGAAAGCGAUCCAGUAUCGAAACCCUCCCCCCCUGUGUCUGGUGCUGAAACUGAGGAGCUACAGCCUGAGUCUGUGCACAACCUGAUACCUGGGUCCGAGGUUCGAGUAUCUCUGGAUCACAUAAUCGACGACGCACUGGUGGUGUCCUUUCAGUUAGGCAAGAAAAUCUUCUCUGGGGUUCUGAUGGACCUAUCUAAAAGGUUUGGACCCUAUGGAAUUCCAAUCACUCUGUUCCCGGAGAGAGAAUACAAGGAGAAACCCGAAUCUAUGCAGCUAAAGAUGGAACAACACCAGCCAGAAACCGAGAAUGUGGAAAAGCCAGUCCAGGAAAACCCCGAUGGCCAAGUCGCCACAGUGCCCGAACCGAACCCUGACCCCCAGUCUAACCCAUGGACUUCAAAACCUCCCCCACUGUUUCAGGAAGGUGCCCCUUACCCUCCCCCUUUGUUCAUCAGGGACACCUACAACCAGUCGAUACCUCAGCCGCCUCCCCGCAAGAUCAGGCGGCCCAAGCGCAGGCUGUACCGCGAGGAGCCCACCUCCAUCAUGAACGCCAUCAAGUUGCGGCCCCGUCAGGUGCUCUGUGACAAGUGCAAGGGCGCUGUCACGACAGUGGACAAGAGGGAGCCGCGCAGAGGCCCCGUGUCAGACUCUAGGAGCGAGGAUGCCAAGCGGAGACGCAACGACAGCGCUGUCAGCAAGCGGCCGCGCAACGACCCCCGCUCAGAGGAGAAGAGCCGUGCUGCUGAGGUGGCCAAACGGCAGGUCUCCUCUUCUUCCUCCUCUCUGGGCCAGGUGAAGGGCGGAGCUGGAGGGAACAGGGUUCUGAGAGCGACCUCCACCACAACAUCAUCACCGGUGAACAGCGGCUCCAGAGUCCAGCUCAAUGCCAAGAAAGUGCUGCAGAGCAAAAAUGUUGAUCACUCCAAGGCCCGGGAGGUGCUGAAACUGGCCAAGGCCCAGAAGAGGCAGAGGGAGACUACGGUAGUCACUGACAGCAGUGGCAACGCCAAGACGAUGACGAGGGCAGCCGCCCUGCAGGAGGCCCACGCACACCAGAAGGUCCACUUCACUCGGCGGCUGCAGCAGAUCAGCGGGGUGGGACCAAGCAGCGCCACCCCUCUCCCACCCAGGAUGCGCAUCAAGCCUCAAAGGUACCGUAAUGAAGAGAACGACUCUUCUACAUGUAAGCCGCCUUGCCUGGAGAAAGUGCCGGGAAGUGGCUGUUUGUCGCCUCCAAAGCCAGACGCGCCCCGCUGCACCGCCACAUGCUCCUCCUCCUCCUCCUCCUGCUCCACAGGCCAAGCCGCUGCUGCUGAAAGCCAGGGCCCAGAUAACGGGCCAGAACCUGAGGUUUGUCCUCAGCCCCAAGUGGAGCCCCCCACAGCCACGGAGCACGGUGACCCCAAGGCGGAGCCGGAGGAGCAGGGGGGGCAGGAGGAGAGGCGGGAGACGCGUGGCAGCAAGGCUGGCAACCUUGUCGUUUUCAUGAACCUUAACCCCGGCCAGCCGGACUCCUCUAAUACCUCUAUGUGCAGCGUUGAUAGUGCAGACGACUUAAAGUCCUCGGACUCAGAGUGUAGCUCUACGGAGAGCUUUAACUUUCCCCCUCCCGGUCGCCCCCCGCCCCCUGUCCCCGGCACGUCCUCAGCAGUCGCUGACCCGUCGCCUGCCCCUACAGAAGAGAAAAAGCCCUGUAAAUCUCAGAAAGUGUUUUCUAAAAAUGUGUCUAAGUGUGUCUCUCUGGAGGGCAGGACCAUUUGCGUAGGGGACAUUGUUUGGGCCAAAAUAUAUGGCUUUCCCUGGUGGCCAGCCCGCGUCUUAGGCAUUCAGAUCAGUCGUAAAGAUAAUGGGCUCUUAGUCAGGCAGGAGGCCCGUGUCGCCUGGUUCGGUUCACCCACCACCUCCUUCCUGGCUCUUGCACAGGUCGCCCCUUUUCUAGAAAGCUUCCAGUCACGCUUCGACAAGAAGAGAAAGGGCUUGUACCGUAAAGCCAUCACAGAGGCAGCCAAGGCUGCCAAGCAGCUCACUCCCGAGGUUCGCGCCUUGCUUACACAAUUCGAGACGUGAGGUGGUGUGCUUUGGGGGAAAAGGAAAGGUAGGCAAAAAUGGCACCCACUUUCGUCCCCCCCCCUGCAUCUCUCCCCUGCUCGUCACCUACAGGGCCCCCUCACCUUCCAGGGAGAAAGAAACUAAAUAUUUCAGGCCAGAACACAACCAGUAAUCUUUAUUUUUUUGUAUGCUUGAAAAGGGACUGGAUGGUAUGGGGUUAUGAACCUUGCUGGGUAAAUAAGGAUGGCAGUGUAUUUUUCCUUUAUCCUAUCAAGGAUCACCUUUUCCAACCUGGUGGAAAUCUGGUAAUUGUAUAUUUUAGGAACAUUUUUAUUCACUGGUCGGUGAUUUGGAAUAUUCUCCUUUUACUUCUUAAAUUGAAGCCUUUAAAUGUCACUCUUUGUGCAAAGAAACUUCCGUCAUGUUUUAACACCGCGGGUUCAUAGGUUGAUCGAUCGAGUUCCGCUGCCAAUUGUCAAAAUCUUAGAGACAAAAGGGUAUUUCUUUCAGUCUAUGCAACAAACGGUUCAGUGUCAGAUACUGUGAAUGGAAAGAUACAGGAUCUGAGCAGGAGUAGAUAUUAUGUAUCUGUACGGGUGGAAGACAUGCUGUAGCUGUGAUGUGACCAGGAAGUGGACACUUGUGGAUUUGAAGAGAGAGCAGGCAUAUAGGGGCUCAUGUAUCUGCUGUACCUCGGACAUAGUCAUAGCUGCCUGGCUGUGGGAGCUGCCUGCCAGGACUUUCCAGACAGUUGAGCCUUGGUAGCGAGGAGCCUUUAAGCCAGACAGGUGAGCCAGGUUGGUGAGGAGCCUUUAAGCCAGACAGGUGAGCCUUGGUAGCGAGGAGCCUUUAAGCCAGACAGGUGAGCCAGGUUGGUGAGGAGCCUUUAAGCCAGACAGGUGAGCCGGGGUGGUGAGGAGCCUUUAAGCCAGACAGGUGAGCCGGGGUGGUGAGGAGCCUUUAAGCCAGACAGGUGAGCCGGGGUGGUGAGGAGCCUUUAAGCCAGACAGGUGAGCCUUGGUAGCGAGGAGCCUUUAAGCCAGACAGAUGAGCCGGGGUGGUGAGGAGCCUUUAAGCCAGACAGGUGAGCCGGGGUGGUGAGGAGCCUUUAAGCCAGACAGGUGAGCCGGGGUGGUGAGGAGAGGAGGAUGGUGUGCCGCUCCUCAUCCCCUCUCAAAACAGAGAUGGCUAUUGAUACAGUGCCCCCCCCCACCCCCACCCAUAUUUCUACAGUGCUACUACAUACUCCAGUUCCCUUGACUCUCUUCUCGGCCUCCACACUCCCCCAGUCUCUGUUCUUCUAUCUGACUAUGUCCUGUCUACCUAAUGCUCUACUGAGUUAUCCAAGACUGUUCUAUCCCUACUUCUCUAAUCUUCCUAGCUAGCGCCUUGGUUUUUUCAUACAUAAAAUGAUGCCCAGUUGUUUUAAAAAUCACAGAUUUUAAUGAAUUGUCUGCAUCGGGACAUUUUCAACAAACAUUUAGUUGAUGCAGCGAAAGAUUCCCAUUCCAAUGAUAUUGAGUCGACUAGCAUUGGCCGUGGGAAGCCAUUUUAGUUACUCCUCACAUAGACCGAUGUGAUAUGGUAGCACGUUACAUGGAGUGACUAUAUUUUUUUGCCAAUUGUGUUCAACUUUUACUAUGGGUUUGCCAUAUCUUGUUGAUUUAUUAAGUUUUCCCAGUGAUUUCUCAGUUUCCGUUGUUAGACCUACUUCACCCUAAUUUGAAGUGGGAAAUGUGUGUUGAUUUUAAUUGGUGCGUCUGAACUUUAUCUUCUAUCACUUCCUUCACUGCUUGGCUAAUCUCGUACGACUGUGAAUCUUGAUUUUAUAUAUUAUGUACAGUACAAUCUGUA